CGUGUCUGUUUCGCUCCUCCACUACACUGGCAGUUCCUUUUUCAGACUAUCUGCAUUUUCCAUUGCUGCCAGGAUGGGAGCAGGGAGAAGAACGCAGACCUUUGUAUUUGAUUCUGCAUCAUCACUACCCAACCAGACAAGCUACACUGGAGAUUUUAGAUACUUGACGAAAAGAAAACUUGGCGGUGUCAUAUUUGGUUGCACGAAUGAUACCAUGAAAGAAUGUCUAUGUAAACAGCUAUUUGGUUUGCCUGCUAAACAUUUUUCAUAUGUGAAGAACAUAGAUCCAGGUCUGCCACUGUUUUUGUUCAACUACAGCAAUAAGGAGCUUCAUGGUAUUUUUGAAGCUGCAAGCUCUGGAGCAAUGUCUAUCAAUCCAUAUGCUUGGACACAGGACGGUUCUGGAAGAACACUAUAUCCUGCUCAGGUUCAGAUGCGUGUCCGUCUGCAGUGCCAACCACUUCCAGAAAGUCUGUUUAAACCUAUAAUUCUGGAUAACUAUUACAAUCAGAACCAUUUCUUAUUUGAGCUAGAUCAUGUUCAAGCUGGUAAAUUGAUCUCCAAGCUCUCAUCUCUUGAAUUUGCUCCAAGCAGCUGCAUGCCGGAGAAUGCAGCUACAUGGAGAAAUAUAAUACAAGGUUUACCGGCAAAAGACAAUAGAGAGGAAAAUGGUCAAUCCGAGCCACAAGACUUGAAAGAAAAUUUUGUCAACCCACUUGAUUUAAAUGGGAAUUUUGGUGGGGGAGACAUUUUUCUUUGUCCUAAUGGCGCUGACCAGCAGCUGGAGGCACCAUUAGAUAAUCAAGUAGAAUUAUAUGAUAAGGAUCUUAUACACACGGAAAUUAGAGAAUUGGCUAUUCAACAUGAAUGCUCAGGGACCUCUAUAAAUGGGCAUGCAGAGGAAAGCACUAAUGCAGUGACGAAUGCCACUAUAAAUGAUGUAAAGAUUGGGCAAGAAACUUUUAAGAAAACACAGACAAUGAGAGAGGAAAAGAAUGAAGAAAGCUCGUCUGACUUGGCUGUCUAUCCUGAUAUUAUAGCUCAGCUGCUUCAAGGAAUGGAAGAAUUGAAAGCUUCUAAGGAGGCGCAAACUCAUAAGAUGUGUAGUUUGGAGCAGAAGCUGGCCGAUGCAAGAGAAGAGAUUAAGCAGUUAAAAUAUAAAUAUUUCAUGCCUGAGUCCUCAAUUCCGUCAUGUCAAUUGGCUGAUGAAACAGUGUUUGAGCCAGUUGAUCAAGUAUUGCUGGAUCCUGAGUCAAUCAUCCUAGCCGGAGGAUAUGACGGGGUAUCAUGGUUAUCUACCUUGGAGUCAUACUCACUUUCAAAUGAUGUGUUAAAGUCUCUUAAGCCAAUGAGUUCAGUUCGAUCAUAUGCCUCAGUUGCAAAACUGUGUGGAGAGCUUUAUGUAUUUGGUGGCGGAACUGGAAGCUUGUGGUACGACACAGUUGAAUCAUAUAAUCCAGCAGAUAACGAGUGGACCCUACAUCCUUCCUUGAAUAAGAAAAAGGGUAGUUUAGCUGGUGCUACUUUGAAGGACAAAAUUUUUGCAAUUGGCGGUAGCAAUGGGAUUGACUGCUUUUCAGAGGUCGAGAUGUAUGAUCCUCUAGUAGAGCGUUGGAUUUCUACAAGAUCCAUGUUGCAGAAGCGAUUUUCUCUUGCUGCAGCAGAACUCAAUGGUGCGUUAUAUGCUGUUGGUGGAUAUGAUGGAAGCAAUUACCUGGCGACUGCUGAAAGAUUUGAUCCCAGAGAACAUUCCUGGACAAAAAUUAAGAAUAUGAGUACGAGCAGAGGAUGCCAUGCAUUGGCUGUGUUGGACGGGAAGUUAUACGCACUUGGUGGGUACGAUGGGUCUACAAUGGUGCCUAACACUGAGAUAUAUGAUCCCCGUCUUGCAACAUGGAUGGUUGGGGAGCCAAUGAAGCACUCGAGAGGGUAUUCAGCAGCUGUUGUUCUACAUGAGUCCAUUUAUGUGAUUGGAGGGGUUCAACCUGGUGAGGAAGUUGUAGACGUGAUCGAAUGUUAUAAGGAGGGUCAAGGUUGGCAAACACCCAACUUGAGGGGAAUAGGGAAAAGGUGUUUCUGCUCAGCUAUAGUAUUGGAAGACUGAGUUCUGUUUUCGAAGUACAGAAGCUGCAUCUUCGUUGGCAUCCUUUGUUCAAAGAGUUUAAUAUUUGCAUUUUACAACUGUGAAUAGGGUUACUAAAUGUUUUUGGAAGCCUAAAAGCACUUAACAUUGGGAAGUAGCAGAGUUGUGUCUGUUGGAUCGACAUCAGAAAUGGCAAACCCUGUAGAACUUCUGAUAGUACAGUUAAGUAAUAGCGUUGUUAGCCAUCUUUUGCACAAAUUCACUCUUAGGAAAAUCUCUAGUUCCUUUCACAACAUUAUGCUCUUGCCAAGGGAAAACCAUUUAGUAUAUGGAGGGUGGAUAUUCAAUGUUUUGUCUUUCCCUGCACUUACAUUUGUAGGAUGUUUACACAAA